AGGGGAAGAAUAAACCAUUAGCCAAAUUGUUCUGAAAAAUUCGUCUCAGAAAAAUUUAGCAGUAGGCGUCGGCGGCUGCCGGAAAAGACGAUGGGAAGGAGAGGACGCAGCGGCAGCGGGCCAGUUUCAGGCGAGCUUCGCCGCCACAUUGAGUCAUGUAAGGACGAUUUCCUCUCCGUUGAAGAACUCGUCGACCACCUCCGUUCAACUUAUCAUAAGUAUUCCCGCUCUAAGCUACAAGAUCUCACCAGACAGGUCCAAACUGUUCUCCAACUUCGGAACCCUAACCCUACUGAAGAAGUAACGCCUCCGAGAAAGAAGCCAAAGAGAGACAGCAGCGAGCAGCGUUUGCAGCUCCUUGAGAAGAAACACAUAAUGAACAGCCAACGAAAGAAGCAGGAAGCUGACGGAGAGUCGUCGACUCUCGCGACCACAUCCGAAAGCGAUGAUUCUUACUCUUCGUCGUCUUCCGAUGCUAUUUACGGUGAGAAAUUAGAAGAAAAGCCCGAUUUAAUGAAGUCUAUGCUUCGGCAUACGUACAAUAAACAGGUGAAUAAUACUCCCAAGUCAAAAAAGAUUGAAUACGAGAUGAUUCACGACAAUAAUGAUGAAAAAAGGAAGAAAAUUAAUAUGUCGAAAGGAGGACAACGAAGAAAUGGAGACACGAGGGAUUUAGGAGACGGCGGAGGAGGAGAGGCCAGAGAGGGGGAAAAGAUUGGUGAAAGUCUUGAGAAUGGUGAUGGGCCAAGGUUUAAGGAUUUAGGAGGAAUGGAUGGAGUGUUGGAGGAACUGAAGAUGGAGGUUAUUGUUCCAUUGUACCAUCCUCAGCUGACUAAGCAUCUUGGUGUUAGGCCCAUGUCAGGAAUACUCUUCCAUGGCCCACCUGGCUGUGGCAAAACUAAGCUAGCUCAUGCUAUCGCCAAUGAGACUGGAGUCCCAUUUUACAAGCUUUCUGCUACUGAGUUGGUCUCUGGAAUUUCAGUUCUCCAUCAAGGUGCAUCAGAAGAAAACAUAAGGGAACUGUUCUCAAAGGCAUACCGGACAUCACCAUCUAUUGUGUUUAUUGAUGAGAUCGAUGCAAUUGCUUCCAAAAGAGAAAAUUUACAGAGAGAAAUGGAGCGGCGCAUUGUAACACAGCUGAUGACAUGCAUGGAUGAGUCACAUAGAAUUGUAAAACCCGAUGAUGAUGCAAAAGGAACUACUGUACGUACUGAUAAAAGAAAUAGUGAAGCAAAAUCAGAAGGAUCUAGUGACGGACCUGGUUAUGUCCUAGUAAUUGGGGCCACUAAUCGACCUGAUGCUAUUGACCCAGCAUUGAGGAGGCCCGGACGAUUUGACCGUGAAAUCGCCUUGGGUAUCCCAGAUGAAAAUGCAAGGCUGCAGAUUUUGUCUGUGCUUACACGUAACCUAAGAGUUGAAGGUGCAUUUGAUCUCAUGAAGAUAGCUAGGUCAACCCCAGGAUUUGUUGGAGCAGACUUAGCUGCUCUAACUAACAAGGCAGGUAACUUGGCAAUGAAGAGGAUACUAGACUUGAGGAAGGUUGAGCUUUCAAGAGAAUUGGUAGAUGCUGAAGAAUGGUGGAGAAAGCCAUGGUCACCUGACGAGAUGGAAAAGCUUAGCAUUAAUAUGGCUGAUUUUGAGGAAGCCGCUAAAUUGAUUCAACCCUCAUCUAGAAGAGAAGGUUUCUCCGCUAUACCAAAUGUAAUGUGGAAAGAUGUUGGAGGCCUUGAUUUGUUGCGGCAGGAGUUUGAACUUUCCAUUGUCAAGCGUAUAAAGAAACCUGAAGCUUACCUGGAGUUUGGAGUGGACAAUGAAACAGGAUUCUUGCUAUAUGGUCCCCCAGGAUGCGGUAAAACAUUAAUUGCCAAGGCUGUUGCUAAUGAAGCUGGAGCAAAUUUUAUACACAUUAAGGGACCUGAAAUUCUGAACAAGUAUGUUGGUGAAAGUGAGUUAGCUAUUCGGACAUUAUUUACUCGUGCAAGAACGUGUUCUCCAUGCAUUCUAUUCUUCGAUGAGAUGGAUGCAUUAACUACUAAGCGUGGUAAGGAAGGAGGUUGGGUCGUUGAACGGCUUUUGAAUCAGCUACUAAUAGAACUAGACGGUGCAGAUCAGAGAAAAGGUGUUUAUGUGAUUGGUGCCACAAAUAGGCCUGAAGUCAUGGACCAAGCUAUUCUUCGACCUGGAAGGUUAGGGAAACUCCUAUAUGUCCCUCUACCUAGUCCAGAGGAGCGCGGACUAAUUCUAAAAGCUCUUGCUCAGAAAAAACCUAUAGAUACUAAUGUUGACUUGAUGACCAUUGGAAGAGAUGAUGCUUGUAAAAAUUUAAGUGGAGCGGACCUAUCAGCACUGAUGAAUGAAGCUGCAAUGGUUGCACUUGAAGAUAAAUUGAGAGCAUUAGAUACAAGUUGUGGUGACACACCAUCAACUAUCAAGGAGUCACAUUUCAAACGGGCUUUGGAGAAAAUUUCUCCAUCUGUCUCCGACAAGCAAAUAGAAUACUAUCAGCGUUUAUCAAAAACCUUAAGAGCAGCAUGAAAGCCUUGGUGGUAGGAGUGGGAAGAAGAUGUUUUUAGGGUGGUAGUCAUAUCUCCAGCCGUUGCCAUCGGAGAAAAUAGCACAUGAGAAAUAUUUUUGCUAUCACUGUUCCUUUUUGGUUUUCUUGUGAAUAUCCAUCAGCAUGGGAAUGGGAGCAAACACAGGGAGAGGGAAAGCAGAAAAAGCUUUUGUCUUUUCCUUAUCGUUCCUUUUUUUUUUUUGGUGGGAUAGAGUCUGGUAUUUGAGCGGAGGGCUUAAUGUAGUGAUGUGUGAGAGAGUUUCUUUCUUGGUCAGUUCCUUUUUUCUUGUUUUGAUUCUUUUGGCGACAGUAUUCUUUGCACUUGAAAAUAUGCUAGUAUAUUACUACGUAUAAUAUUAAGGGUUAUCUGAUGUAGCAAUAGAAACUUUGUAUUUAUUGUUCUCUGACCAUUUUGGAUGCAGUUGAGUUGAAUAAAACACUCUCAGACUCGUGUUUCAUUA